AUGGCAUCUCUGGAGGCGCAUCGUCUGAUUGGCACGCCAGGUCGGUGGCUCACUGCUGGCGACUUUGUCUCCACAGAUGGCUGUGCAGCGCAUGAGCUUGGACUUCUGGGCUUCCCACGAGCUUGGCCUUCUGCGUACUAUGAAAACCAGGCUUUGCGGUCACUGCUGGGUAAGAAAGGAGUCUGUCGUGCCGGACGGGUGGCUGUGGUUGGGGACGCCAGCAGUGAGGUUGCGCAAUACACUCACCAAAUCGACAAGGCAUCCUUGCUGCCAUGGCAGGGCCCUGUCAACGCGGACCGCAUGCAGCUGGCAACGCAGUUGAAGGUGGUGGAAGGCUGGGCUGUCUUUGAGCGGCUAGAGCUUCCAUGUGGCGAGAGCUUCGUGGCUAUGAAAUACGCGUGGAACGUGUUACCAGAUGGCCGGUGGGUGGAUUUCUCGCCGUGGCCUAGCAGUUGGGAUCAAAUUCUUCUUGCGGAAUCCAGCCAGGUGCAAGUGGCCCAGAAGGCAUUGCAAAGUUCGGAUUGGCAACUGGCGCAGAGGCUUCAAAAGCUUCACCAAAUGCCUGUCGACUCACUUCAGGAUAACGUGCUUGAGUUGCCACAGGAUAGCAAAGCAGGUGGAAUAAAAAAUGAGAUGGAUGUUUUGAAAGAGGAGCUGGCUCGGGCUUUGGAGGAGGCAGAUGCGGCCUGCUUGAAGCUGCGGAUGACAGAAGCGAAGGUAGCUCACCUGAGGCAAUCGCAAGAUAUGGCACCUGCUGUGUGCAAGAAGCCACCAACUUGGGGAGAGCAGUGCGUUUCGGUUGGAGCACUGGUGGAAGUCCAAGGGGCGAAGGCUGGAAAGCGCUUUCCCUGCUCAGUUUCAAUAUCCGAACUAUCCGCACUGGUGUUCACACCAGAUUCAUCAGACUUGUUCGUGCGUACCAUCCCUCCGGAUCCUCGCUCAGAUGUGCGAUUGCUGUUUGGAAAUGCGGCUGGUUGCAUCGGUUUGCAGCAAGUGUUUCCAAUUUCACAAAGUCUCCGCUGCAGUCUUCCCUUUGGCCCGUUUUUUUUUGGCCUUUCACGCCGUCACCUCCGCCAAGCUUCAAAGAUGCUGUGGUUUUGGGUGCUUUUUGUUCGUGAGAUCUAUGCCAGCGACGUUGAUGGUGUGGAGACCGCCCGGCUGUAUGGGAAUGUGAACAAGUAUGCUUACUACUUCAUAGACCUGAUGGUUGGGACCCCUCCACAGCUCACAUCUGUGAUCGUGGAUACUGGGAGUCACUUGCUUGCCUUUCCAUGCGGGGGAUGCGAACAGUGCGGCCACCAUUUGGAGCCUGCUGUGGACAUCAGCAAGUCGUCUACUGCCCACUGGCAGCACUGCAAUGAAGUCACCCGCAACGAGCACUGCCAGUGCUCUCAGGAUAACCGAUGCAAGUACUCGGAGACGUACUCGGAAGGCAGUGCCAUCUCUGGGCAUUGGUUCAAAGAUCAAGUGCGUAUCGGCGACUCCUUUCAGAACAACACUCCUGUCGAGGUGAAGAUGGGUUGCCAUGACUCGGAGAACAAGCUCUUCUAUACACAGCAAGCCAAUGGAAUCAUGGGUUUGGCGCCUGUCAUGCCUGCUGCUUGGGCACCGAAUGAGGCAGCCGAACCCCCCGAGAUUCUGUCGUACUUGUUUCGACACAAGAAGCACAUUGACCAUCGCAUUUUCUCCCUUUGUGUGGGAGAAUGGGGUGGUCUUUUGACAGUGGGUGGCUCGAGCAAUGCUUACCACACAGGAGGUAUCACUUGGAUGAAAGUGACAACCCUAGGCUACUACGUAGUGCAUCCAAUUUCCUUUCAUGUAGACUCAUUGAUGGUGGCAGCAAGCCCUCAUGAAUAUGGAAAGACCAUUGUGGACAGUGGCACUACGUUGACCUACAUUCCCAAGGCAAUGUUCAACAGACUUCUGCUGAACAUAGACACAUUUUGUGGGACUCAUCAUUCCUGUGCUGCAGAGAAAGACCAGACCAAUAAGAACUGCUGGCGCAUGAACGAUGCAAAUGGCUCGCCUGAUGAGACCUUUCCCACGCUUCAUUUGAGCUUUCAAGGCGCUGGGGCAGGUGACCAGAUAGUUCCUUGGAAGCCAAGAAGCUACAUGAGUGAGCGUGGAUAUGGCAUAUGGUGUUUAUCGAUUGCUGCAAGCUCCAACCACGACACCAUCUUGGGCAUCUCGUGGAUGCUGCACAGGGACACCAUCUUCGACAUGGGAUCUAGGCGGCUCGGUAUGGCAUCAGCUCAUUGCCCUAACCACCAGAAGGUGCCAACGACAUUAUGGGAGCGGCUGACUGCACUUGGACAUCUUGGACUUUCGGACGCCAAACAUCGACCUUGGUCGAUUCUCUCCCUGAUGGUGCUGGUGGUGCUGGUCACAGCUGUCGCUAUCAGACCAUCGCGGCAGUUGCGACGGCUGUUCCUGCCAGAUGACAAGGCAGUGAGACAGACUGACACAGAAGCGCUGCUGGCGUAGUGAGCCGGGUCUAAAACAAAAUAAACAAAGCACUUUCCAUAGGAAAUGCUCUAAUGCUUAAAUUCAGAUUUAGAUGGUAUGCUCAGCCAGGACAACUCUCGUGAUGAGAGGUGCUGUUGGGCUUAGCCACAUCCGUGCAAGGGAUGAGCUUCGAAAUGCAUUGAAACAUUUUGAAACUUUGUAGUUUUGGGUUAUCAAGGUUGCCUAGCGACAGACAGACCAAGGCUGACCGCUGGCCAAUCCUAUAUGCUGAUGUCGUG